GUGUACUGUGCCGAGGCCAACAGCCCCUCGACCUCUACAACCUGCCGAGGUUUUUACCAACAAACACCAAUUUCACCUACAAGGUUGGACAGGUGGCUGUACUGGAGUGUUCCAUAGAGAAUCUGGAAGAUAAAAAGGUUGUCUGGCGUUUGGCCUCUGAUUCACCCCCCAUCAGCGUGGGUUACAUGUCGUUCAGUGAAGACCCCCGGUACUCGGUGGAGCAUGACAACGGCGGCACCAAGUGGAACCUGGUGAUUCGUGACGUUCAGCUGAAAGACUCUGGUGUCUACGAGUGCCAGGUUAGUUCACGGAUGAGGCAUCUACGUCAUCACGUGACUCUCAUGGUUAUAG